CAAUACUAUAAACAAUUCGAUGUUUGGUUUCAGAUUGAAUAAUGUUUUGUCGUUUUUCAAGUGGAAAGAGAUUACGUCUGUCUUCAACCCCGACGCUUCGUCAGGAAGUAGUUAACACACGUAUUGAUAUAAAUACAGCUGGACAGCUCUUGGUCAGCUGGUCAUGUGAUUUGCUGACACAAUAAAAGAGUUUGGUUAUUAUGCAACCUUACUGAGUUUCUGUGAGUAAACAACGUCCUCUUGAUAGGUUAAGAACAGGUCUAAUCUGAAACGACAAGGACAUCAAAGGGUGUACCUGUACCAGGGUGUACCUGUAUAUAAAGACACGAGAAGCCCAGCUGGAGCACAGUCGAGAGUUACUGUAACCAGUGAGUCUCGUUGACAACAUGGGGUUAGCUCGGGGACUCCAGUUUGUGACACUCAUCCACAUUCUGCUAUGCUGUCAAUCUCUUCCUUUUAAGCGAAUGGAGUUCUCGAUCACGCACACCUGGGAUAGCAAUCCUGUGAAUCAUGACCCGAUAAGGAUCGUUUUCUCUGAUGGGCUAGGAGGGCUGAAGAUAGAGAUGUUUGGUCCCUUCUUCAAUGACCCACCAGGUCCUGAUGGGCCCCCCAGUGAGGCCUUCCCUGGACUCUGGAAUUAUGAAGUUGUGGAGUGCUUCUUCCUCGACAGCACUACAGUAAAUUACCUAGAAGUGGAGUUUUGUCCACAUGGACAGCACCUGAUAUUAUUGCUGUCAGGAGUUGGCCACGCAUUCCAGCAACAACUGCCCAUGGUGUUUAAUGCCACGAUCAAAGGGGACAGGUGGAUGGGUGAGGCUCUCCUCCCCUGGUCGUACUUCCCUCCCAAUGUCAACAAGAUGAACUCCUACGCCAUCCACGGCUCAGGAGAGAAGCGUACGUAUGAGGCUCUCUACCCCAUCCCCAAGGCGGAUCUAGUGGAAGGCCAAAAACCCAACUUCCACCGCCUGGAGUAUUUCAAAGACUUCCGCCUGCAGAGCAUCAUGGGAGAAGAUUGGGUCCAGCCAGAGUCUGGUCUGUGGUUUGGAAAGCCCUGAGCAUUUCACUCCCUUUUCCCCCUCUCUUUCCUUUCUCUUGCACACCCAGACGCACGCACACACCACGGCGGCAGGGCAAUUGUACAAACACUCAUUGACAGGGAACAAAGGGCAAUCAAUCUUUAUUAGUUAAUGAUGCCAAACGAUAUGACAAGAAAUAUGUUAUCAGCUUGUCGGAGCGUAUUAGCCUUCACACACAUCUGUACAAGCACACAGUGUCACACACACACACACACACACACACACGCACACACACACACACACACAUCACAAGGUAUUGGACGUCACGUUAAUUUGUUUCGGCAGUGUGUGACCUACAGCGGUUAUACUGUGGAUGGUGGCGAGGAAUGCUCGCCUUGCUUUGACAUUGAGCUCCUGCUUCGCGUUUCAGUGAGAUAAACCACUGCAGUUUUUUGUGAUUCUUUACCUUUUUAUGAGACAUAAACAUAAACACACACCACUGAGGUGAAACAUCUGUUCUUCAGAGAUACAUGUUAAAGCUUUUCAAUUAGUGUCUUUCUAUAAAUAAUUUUUUAACCAUUCCACAACCUGUAUUGAUUUCCUUUUACAAUUAAAUAUGUUUUCAUCACAUA